GAGGCGGACAUGGCGAUUCGCCGGGAGGAGGAGCGCCGUUUGGAGGAGGAGCUGCUGGCUGCAAGGAGGCGAGCAGAGGAGGAAGCACGGCUUGCAGAAGAGAGAGUUGAGGAGCAGCGGCGACAAGCUGAGAAGCGCAGACAGCUCCAGGAAAUGGAGCAGAAGGCGCGAGCAUCUGCUGCAGAGGCCAAGCGAGAAAGAGAGCUCCGGGAAAAGGCGAAGGCCUUCCUGGCGGCUGAAGGAUACCGACACGUGCGCGCAGCACACAAGUGGUCUCCUGUGGCCUCCUAUCCGCUGCAUCGGGCCGUGCAAUGCAACGACCCGGAGAUGGUUAGGCUUCUCCUCUGGAUGGGAGCUGAUGCCACCAAGUGCAAUACCUUCGGGUACUGCAAGAAUCGAAUGUCCGAGGACCCGUGCCUUCCACAGUUGGGGUUCUUGGACCAGUUUGCGCUGGAUCUGAAGAGCCAGCGAGCCAGGCAGCCACCCGGCGGCCCGGUGCCCUGCACCACUGCAGACGUGCUGUCGCACCUCCAGGAGCAGAUGCUUCAGGCGGACAAGGCCACCUGCUACUACAGCUCCCGUGACGAGCGCGGUGAGGAUGUGUGGCUUUCCAUUCCGUCACCUGGGCUCGUGGACCACGCAUGGUUUCAAAGCCACCUUGAGUACCCGGUGCUGAUGGCCCUGGGCAGCUUGGUGCUGCUGACGCUUCUUCUCGGCUGCCUUGCCGUCGAGGGGGCCGAGCUGUACUUUUCCGGCAUCGUGUGA